AUGGCUUCGUGCAAAGCUAUCGGUAUUGACUUGGGUACCACCUAUUCCUGCGUUGGUGUCUAUCAGCACGGAAAGGUGGAAAUCAUCGCCAACGACCAAGGCAACAAGACAACACCCAGCUACGUCGCUUUCACAGAUACCGAGCGUCUCAUUGGUGAGGCUGCGAAGGACCAGGCCGCCAGGAACCCAGAGAACACCGUCUUCGAUGCUAAACGUCUCAUUGGCCGCAGAUUCGACGAUGAGACGGUCAAGAAGGACAUGAAGCAUUGGCCCUUCAAGGUGCUCCAGAAGGACAACAAGCCCAUUAUCGAAGUGGAAUUCAAGGGUGAGAAGAAACAGUUCCGGCCAGAAGAGAUCUCCUCCAUGGUGUUGACUCGAAUGAAGGAAACUGCCGAAGCAUACCUUGGUCACAAAGUCACUGAUGCUGUCAUCACGGUGCCCGCCUACUUCAACGAUGGUCAACGUCAAGCUACAAAGGAUGCUGGUGCCAUCGCUGGUCUGAAUGUCCUCAGAAUCAUCAACGAGCCCACAGCUGCGGCCCUUGCUUAUGGUCUGGACAAGAAGCUGAAUAAGGAACAGAACGUUCUCAUCUUCGACUUGGGUGGUGGAACCUUUGAUGUGUCCGUUCUGAGCAUUGACGAGUCCCUGUUCGAAGUUCUGUCAACUGCUGGUAACACCCAUCUUGGUGGAGAAGACUUUGAUGAUCGGUUGAUGGAACAUUUCGUCGCUGAAUUUAAGAGGAAGCAUGGUCGUGACAUCCACAGCAACGCCCGAGCUCUUCGAAGACUCCGAACUGCGUGUGAACGUGCCAAGAGAACCCUGUCUUCAUCGACUGAAGCCGUUGUCGAAGUGGAUUCUUUGUUCGAUGGAAUUGACUUCCAUUCCAGAAUCUCCCGUGCCCGCUUCGAGGAACUCUGUGCCGACCUCUUCCGGUCUACCCUGGAGCCAGUGGAACAGGCCCUGAGGGAUGCAAAGCUCGGGAAGUCAGACAUCCAUGAAGUUGUGCUCGUUGGUGGGUCUACCAGGAUCCCGAAGGUCCAGAAGUUGUUGAAGGACUUCUUCUCUGGCAAGGACUUGAAUGGAUCCAUCAACCCCGAUGAAGCUGUUGCCUAUGGUGCCGCUGUCCAAGCUGCUGUGCUCACUGGAGUCAACGACCAGGCCGUCAAAGACGUUCUGUUGGUCGAUGUUACACCUCUGUCGUUGGGAAUUGAGACCGCUGGUGGAGUUAUGACCAAGAUCGUGGAACGCAACACUAGAAUCCCCACAAAGGCCAGCCAAGUCUUCUCGACGUACUCGGACAACCAGCCCGGCGUUUCCAUCCAAGUCUUUGAAGGGGAAAGAGCGAUGACUAAAGACAACAACCGUUUGGGAACCUUCGACCUUAUGGGAAUUCCUCCAGCUCCUCGUGGUGUGCCGCAAAUCGAAGUGACCUUUGAGAUCGAUGCCAAUGGAAUUCUGAAUGUCUCAGCAUUAGAGAAGGGAUCCGGGAAGAGCAACAAGAUCCAGAUCAAGAACGAGAAGGGUCGAUUGUCACAGAGCGAGAUCCAGAAAAUGUUGGAUGAGGCCAAGAAGUACGAGGAAGAAGAUCGCCGCCAGCGUGAUCGUGUUGACUCCCGCAACAAGCUCGAGGCCUACCUAUUCCAAGUCAAACAAUCGCUGGAUGAAUAUGGAGACCGCCUGGGUGAUGACGACAAGAAGACCGCUCGCGACACUUGUGACAGAAUCCUCCAAUGGGUCGAACACAAUCAGACUGCCGAGAAGGAGGAGUACGACGAUCAACUGAAGGAAGCCCAGAAUGUGUGCACGAAGAUCUUGUCCAAGCUCCAUCAACAAGGUCAAGGUGGUCCUUCGACCUGUGGACAACAGAACGGUGGAUUCAACCCUCAAACUGGUGGACCUACCGUCGAAGAAGUCGACUAA